CACGCGCCCACCCUCCUGGCUCGCAACCGACUCCAAACCCUCUUCCCAAACUCUGUUGAUGCGUCACUUUGAUUCCUCGCUUUUUUUACACGCGCUCUUUUUCAGUCGUUCCUCCCUCGCUCUUGAUCCUACUUCCCGCCCGGCUGCGCCGAGCCCACCCCCGCCCCCGCCCCCUCGGCCACCCCCUCGCGUACCGGCCGUAUUUAUUCCCGACCGAGUAAACAUAACCCCACUUUUCGUCAAAGGUCGCGCGGUGUCCCUUUCCCGCCAAAACAGCUCCGUUCAACGUGCCUGAACAGGUCUCCUUUCGGGAAAACUUCAUCCUGCCACCGAUAUUUCUACUCCAGAAUUUUUCUACGUGAUUUUCCUCUUUUUUAACUCUACUUGUUUCACUACUUGCGUUCAAUUUUAUACAAAAGACAUUCUCGGUUAGGAACUGCAUCCUUUUUGACGGCAAAAUAAAAGUUCGUUUUGUGUAUUUCUUUGAUUCGUUGUUGGUCUCGCAAGACUCAGUGUUCUUACAUAUUGAACAGUUCUUUCGUGCGAUUCGUUUCAGUUUGAUUACACAAAGUUUCUAGAUUUACAAUACUUCCGCGUUGAUGCGCAGUCGUUUUUCCUACUUAGUGAAGGACCAAGCUGUCCAACUGUCAUAAUUAAAGACAAUUUAGUUCUCUGUACCAGUAAGCAAACGCUUUGCCUGCGGAUAAUCGGACCUGACACUUGAAAAGUCAACGAACUUUGUCCGAGUGAAUUACAACUAGCACAUUUUACAAGAGUGCGGGUACUUGAAGAUGAUUGAGAUGAUAAGCAUCUGCGUUUGGGCGAGGCGUUGGUCUUGAGGGUGGGCUUCUGCUCCGCGUUAGAUAUGUCUAUGUUCUUUUUCCGAUUGCACAAUUUACAAAGAGCAGAACAAAAGCGGCGACAGCGGAAGAAAGGCGGGAGAGUGGUACGCAGGAGCCCGCUCACCCUGGCCCCGAGCCGCCUUUUCGAAAAACCCCCGCUUACCCCGUCGGACAGUCUGGACGAAGUGGCGCUUACCAUCCCGAGAGUGAGAGUUGAAUAUUACGUUAAUGAAAAUACAUUUAAAGAGAGGCUGCAACUUUACUUCGUGAAAAAUCAAAGAUCGAGUUUACGGAUUCGAAUAGCAAAUCUUCUUUUCAAGCUUGUAACAUGUUUCUUAUACAUAUGUCGAGUAACGACAGAUCGCGACCCUACGUAUGCAGCAUGUUACGGUUGCACACCCGGGAACAAAACCGAGUUCCUCAUAUCACACAAUUUGACAGAGGAAGAGUUCCAGGAGCGUCCGAUCAUCAACUGGGAGGCCAUCCUCUGGGUCAAGCGUCCCGGCGAGCUGUGGAUAGUCCAAGUGUUCCUUGCUUUUAUAUCCUUAGUUGAGACCAUCAUCCUAGCUUAUCUCGGUUAUAAGGGUAAUGUAUGGCAGCUGCUGCUAUCCUUCCAUUUUAUUUUAGAGCUGGUAAAUACUGUGCCGUUCAUGUUCACAAUCAUUUGGUCGCCUUUACGACACUUAUUUAUACCUGUUUUUUUAAAUUGCUGGCUGGCCAAAAAGUCUUUAGAAAAUAUGUUUAAUGACCUUCAUCGAGCUAUGCAAAAGUCGCAGUCGGCGCUCUCACAACAGCUCAUGAUUUUAUCAGCAACCUUGUUCUGCCUCGUAUUCACUAGUGUUUGUGGUAUCCAGCAUUUUCAGCGUGCUGGCCACAGGCAUUUGAAUCUAUUCCAAGCCACAUAUUAUGUAGUAGUCACAUUUUCAACGGUUGGGUAUGGCGAUUUUGUGCCGGAUAUAUGGCCGUCUCAGCUGUACAUGGUUAUAAUGAUAUGCGUCGCCUUGAUAGUGCUUCCAACUCAGUUAGAACAAUUAGCUUUCACGUGGAUGGAGCGUCAGAAAUUGGGUGGAUCAUAUUCAUCUCACCGUGCUCAAUCCGAAAAACACGUGGUCGUGUGUAGCACAACCUUGCAUGCGGACACGAUUAUGGAUUUCUUAAAUGAAUUCUAUGCUCAUCCUUUAUUACAAGAUUUUUAUGUAGUACUCCUAUCUCCGAUGGAAUUAGAUACCACUAUGAGAAUGAUACUCCAAGUGCCGAUUUGGGCACAAAGAGUAAUCUACAUUCAAGGUUCCUGUCUAAAAGACAACGAUCUUUGUCGUGCAAGGAUGAACGAGGCUGAGGCUUGCUUCGUCCUUGCUGCUAGAAAUUACGCUGAUAAGACUGCUGCCGACGAGCACACAAUUCUUAGGUCUUGGGCUGUGAAAGAUUUUGCUCCGGAUGUGCCUCAAUAUGUACAAAUUUUCCGACCGGAGAACAAAUUGCACGUCAAAUUUGCUGAGCACGUGGUAUGUGAGGACGAACUGAAGUAUGCAUUACUAGCCAAUAACUGCACUUGUCCUGGUGCCUCAACGUUAGUUACACUUCUUCUGCACACCAGCCGAGGGCAAGAAGGGCAAGUUUCUUCUGAAGAGUGGCAUAGGCUUUAUGGUCGGUGUUCCGGCAAUGAAAUUUACCAUAUCUCGCUGGCGGAAAGUCGGUUUUUUAGUGAAUAUGAAGGCAAAAGUUUUACGUAUGCGAGCUUUCAUUCACAUCGAAAGUACGGCGUUGCGCUUGUGGGCGUGAGGCCGGCAGAGCUGCCUGAAUUCUAUGAAGAUACAAUUCUUUUGAAUCCUGGUCCUAGGCAUAUAAUGAAAAAAUCCGAUACGUGUUAUUAUUUAAGCAUAACAAAAGAAGAGAACUCCGCAUUCAUAGCUUCGAAUAAAAAUGGAGCCAUCAAGCCACCAGACAUCACAAACGAAGCAUACGCAUCCAACCCUGAUAAGACUGAGAUCCAAAUCACAACUAAAACGGAAUCGGAAACCAGCGAGCCGAUGACUGGCAACCAUUUAGGGGUUCCCAAGUCAACAGACAAUAAUCCAAAUUUUCUGAGCCCAGAAAUCCUGAACCAACGAAGAGGGAGUCGGAGGCCAAGUAUACUACCGGUGCCGGACAUGUUCACGAGCUCAACAUUGAACAUGGUGGUGGGUCACCAGGACACGGAGGACAGCGAGGACGAGAUGGACGACGACGUGCCGUGGAGAUCGCCCAGCGAGAAAAUAGCUCUUCAUAUCAGUUCUGAAGGCGAAGAUUAUAUAACUCCCGUUUGGCAUGCUGAGUGGGCACGAAUUAUAAAAGGAUUCCCACCAGUUUCUCCAUACAUCGGCGUCAGUCCAACUCUUUGUUACCUCUUAAAAGAAAAGAAACCACUAUGCUGCCUUCAAUUAGCUCAGGUCUGCGAACACUGCUCCUAUAGGAAUGCCAACGAGUACAACUGGCAGAACAAAACAAUCAUACUAGCCGCAGAUUACGCAUCAAACGGAAUCUAUAACUUCAUAAUUCCUCUACGUGCUCAUUUCCAUGCCAAGACGUCGUUAAAUCCAAUCAUUAUGCUCCUGGAGCGACGGCCUGAGAUCGCUUUUUUAGAUACCAUUUCCAAUUUCCCUUUAGUUUACUGGAUGCUUGGCUCGAUAGACUGUCUUGACGACCUUCUGAGAGCCGGGAUCACGCUAGCUGAAAAUGUAGUUGUAGUAAAUAAGGAACUGUCUAAUUCUGCCGAAGAGGACACGUUAGCGGAUUGUAAUACGAUAGUAGCUGUCCAGACAAUGUUCAAGUUCUUCCCAAGUAUCAAAAGUAUUACGGAGCUUUCGCAGUCCUCUAACAUGCGGUUCAUGCAAUUCCGAGCUCAAGAUAAAUAUGCCCUGCAUCUCUCAAAAAUGGAAAAGCACGAGAAAGAACGGGGUUCGCACAUAUCAUAUAUGUUUAGGCUACCAUUUGCUGCUGGUGCUGUUUUUAGUGCAAGUAUGCUAGAUACCUUAUUAUAUCAAGCGUUCGUCAAAGAUUAUGUGAUAACUUUUGUAAGACUGCUGUUAGGUGUUGACCAAGCGCCCGGAUCUGGAUUCCUGACUUCGAUGAGGAUAACGAAAGAUGACAUGUGGAUCCGAACAUACGGGCGUCUGUACCAAAAACUGUGUUCUACUACCUGUGAGAUUCCCAUCGGUAUUUAUCGAACUCAAGAUUCGACAAAUAUAGAAUCACCUCACGAUUUAACUGAGGAAGAUAUUAGUAGUAAAUCUAAAAAGGAACCAGACCCUGAAUCGUAUAUGCCUAUACCGACCAACUGUUUCCCGGGCACCUGUAAUCGAUCUCCGUACACCUUUUCCGUGAACGUGGGGGACGAGGCACGGGACAAUCACAAUCAGAUGAUCGAGAGGGCCGAGAUUGCGAACUUGGUGCGCUCCAGGAUGGAGAGCCUCAACCUGCCCGGCAUCGACUACGAGGACGUCAGCGAGAAGCGAAACAGUUUGUCCUACGUCAUCAUCAACCCUAGCUGUGAUUUAAAAUUAGAAGAAGGAGAUAUCAUCUACCUGAUCCGGCCGAGCCCGUUCUCGGCGCAGAAGACGUUCGAGCGGCACAACUCGCGGCGGAAGUCGAACAUCAGCUUCUGCUCGCAGCUGGGGCUCUUCGGGGGGUCGAGCGGGGGGCCCGGGGGGCCGGGGUCGCGGCGGAACUCGGGGCUGACGUUCACCCUCCCGCGGCCGCCGCCGCUGGUGACGACCAAGGCCAACUCCCUCUCGCUCCCGGACAGCCCCACCGUGGCCGGCUGCCUCCGGGCCCGCUCCAACUCCCUCCGCAUGGAGGAGAUCCUCCUCCGCCGCUCCAGCUCCCUCCGCCAGGGGCUCGCCUCCCCCAUGGCCAUGGCCACCCGGAAGAGCAGCCUCGAGGAGCUCGGACAUGGCUCCCACUUCCCCAUGUUCACCGCCGAGCGGAGGCAGAGCAUUCAGCCGUCCGACACAGCCAUCAAGAUCGCACUCAAUGGGAGCAUUGGACUGGAAGUGACACCGCCGGAGGAAGUGAGUUCACCGUCAAUCACGAGCAACACAGGGCUGGUGUCCUCCCACCCCUCCCCCACUCCGUCACCGAGUCAAAACGCAGAACACCUCCAGGGAACGAUCGUAUGAUAUAAUCUAAUGUGGGGCAGGAGGCUCUCUAGUGCUUUCCGAAACAAUAAAUGGAUUUAAACAUCCGUUUAAACCUGCUCCACACUCCCUUUUAGAGCCCUAUUUGGAAAUGAUUUCAACAGGGAUAGAAUUAAGACCAGAGCACACAUCUUUCAUCAAUUACACUCUUUCACCGCAGAAAGCACGGGAAAAAGUAGAUAGGGGUUGUCGGAUGGUACGGGCAUUUCCGAUCAAUUGUGGUUGUUCCCCAAUAAAUUAUGUCACUAACCAAAAUGUUGCCCAGUUUGAGCUGCGACACGACCACAAUUAAUUGGAAAUGAUCAUUUCAUUCAACUAAUUGGGGUAGCAACACAAAUUCAGGGGAUAACUCCUGACUUUUUUUUUCCGUGCGGAUUUAUAAUUAAGAAAAUUUCGGGGGGGGGGGGGGGUUGCUGAGGGACCUAACCGGCUAAGAAAGUCUGUGAAAUAGCAAAAAAUUCAUUUUCGAACGAUCUCUUCCCCGCCCCUCGAGUUAGGUUAGGUUAAAUCCUCUCUCGGGACGCACUGAACAUUAACCGCAAGUUUCUGCAAUAUUGAAAAGACUUCUGCGAAUUCACAAGAGAUUGACAAAUUUCCGUAAAUUCUUUUUAUCAUCAAAAUUGCAUCUGCCCUUUAAAGAAGUCAUAUUCAAUUGAAAUUUACUUUUGAAAAACCACGAUCGUUCCGAAUUUUCAAUUUAUUUUAACCUCCCAGAGUUCUGUAAUGUCAAAGUUUGCAGUGCUAAUUAAAACCCAGAUUACGUUUUGCCGCAAUUCCUCGUCAGAGAACUUCAGAGGACGCAUUGUUCACAACGCUUUGUAUCUGUCCUAAAAAGAUUCAGUUAUUUUAUUUUCGGUCCAGAGUGUUCAUAUUUUUUAUUCUAUCCCUGUGAAAUCUGAAAAAUUUUCCCCCUAGAUUUCCUUGAUUUUUGUGAUCUUUGCGAAAUAAUUACUCCUAAAAUAUCCCUUCAUUCGUGUGCUAGCUUUGCACUGAUGAAUCGGAUUUACGUGAGCCUUGUUUUAAAGUAUUCAUUUAACUCGUAUUGCUAAAAAUAUGAUGGAAUUGAGUGCAAGAGAAUGAUUUUAAGUCGUACAUAUUUGUUUUUUGAGCGAUUUAAGGAUUAUAGAUACAAAAGUUUGCACCAUUUCUAAAUUAUCCUUUCCGAUAUAUGUACAGCUGUGUUUUUUGGGCGCAUUAAAAUAGAGUAAUCGGUAAAAGCCGCGUGUCAAAUUUUGUAUCAAAAUUUACGGAAGUACUUAAAGCUUUUAUGGAACUAAUUGAAAGUUAUGAGAGCAUGUAUAUUUCUAUUUUGUUACGUUUUGAAUGAAGUUUUUAAAUAGGGACCAUUUUUGACUUCGCCAAUCAUGUAUGUAAGUAACCGAGGUAUGUUAUUAUCGAAAAUUAUAUAGCAUCUUAAAUUUCGAUACUUUAAUUUUUUAAGUAUUUCUCUCACAUUCCUGACGAAUUAGAGGUUUAAGUGUGUUUAAUGGGAAUGCAUAGUAAAACUAUUUUUACCUCUCAUAGAUACCGUCUAUAAAUACAAUUUCAUCUCAAUCGCUCAUACUUAUUUUUCGCUUAUAGGCACUGAUCUCAUAAACAUCUAUCUUUUUUACGUUAAAUUAACUUCAAAGAGCUGUGAAAUUUAAUUAAUUGCCCCGAAAUAUGUGCAUAUGAUUCCGGCAUAUGUGCAAACGCUUUGUUGAGUAUAGAUGGCUACAAUUAUUAGUCUGUGAAAUAUUUUCAAUUAGUGUAACUUGCCAAGGGAUCCAAACCUUGUUUCUAUUUUUAUUUCAAUAUGCUGGUUGCGAGGAAAGCUCUUCAUUUU